GACUGAUUAGCUUAUAUAAUGAAUCACAUUCAUUUAAUUUUUCUCUUCGCUGACACAAAUAUCAGUAUCUGCUUACAUUUUUGUUUUAGACAAUUUCACAUAGACGGAGCAUAAAAAAUACACAGGGUGGUCUAAUCAGGGAUCAAAUUACAAAGAUUGUGAACAUAAAGGGCUUGUUGGGACUAAUUUAAACGAUUGUCUAUAACUUUCAAAAAGACAAUAAACAGGGGGAUCGUUUUCAAAUAGCGAUAUUUGUGUAUGAAAUAUUUUGCCAUGAUAAUCAAGUUAUACAUAAAUUCAGCUAUUCUGUCCUCCAAUUGAAAAACAAACCUCUCUUCAAACUUCAAACCGUGGGCUGCUUAUGGAAUAACAAAAGGCAACCACUAGUUGUGAUGAUUUUAAAGGAGUACUUCAAGGCAGUUGUUCUCUUCGCACUCCUUACGGGAUCCAGUGUUAGUGUGGCAUAUGUCUUUCAAGCAAGUCGACCUGGAGAAGAUGCUGGAUCUCCGCCCCAAACCAAAACUCUCUCAGACUCCCUGUGGGUUAGCUCAGCAGGAUCAUGUAAGGGCAGAUGUUUUGAAUUGGAGGAAGCUUUACCGCCAGGUUGCAGAUGUGACAACUUGUGCAAAACCUACUACAGCUGCUGCUCAGAUUUCGACGAGCACUGUUUAAAAACAGCGGGUGGCUUUGAGUGCAGUGAAGAUCGCUGUGGGGAGACGAGAAACGAUGACCACGCUUGCCACUGCUCAGAAGACUGUCUGGUGAAAGGAGACUGCUGCACCAACUACAAAGCCCUCUGCAAAGGAGACACUAAAUGGGUGGACGAUGAGUGUGAGGAGAUCACAGGCCCUGAAUGUCCUGCAGGUUUUAUCCGCCCUCCUCUGAUCAUGCUGUCGGUGGAUGGGUUCCGGGACUCCUACAUGAAGAAGGGCAAAGCGGUGAUCCCCAACAUGGAGAAACUGAGAACAUGUGGCACUCACGCACCCUACAUGAGACCAGUGUACCCCUCCAAAACUUUCCCCAAUUUGUAUACUCUUGCCACGGGGCUAUAUCCCGAGUCUCAUGGAAUAGUGGGCAACUCAAUGCACGACCCCGUGUUUGACGCCAACUUCAGCCUGAGGGGGAGGGAGAAACUGAACCACCGCUGGUGGGGUGGCCAACCUAUCUGGAUCACUGCAGAGAAGCAAGGGGUGAAGGCAGGAACCUUCUUCUGGCCGUGGGUGAUUCCACUGGAGAGGAGAAUCCUGACCAUCCUGCGUUGGCUUAGUCUUCCUGACGAUGAGAGGCCCUAUGUGUACGCUGUCCACUCAGAGCAGCCCGACACGUUCGGACACAGACUGGGACCCUUCAGCAACGAGUUGGACAACCCUCUGAAGGAGAUUGACAAGAUCAUUGGUCAGCUGAUGGACGGCCUGAAACAGAUGAAACUCCACCGAUGUGUUAACAUCAUCGUCGUUGGAGACCAUGGAAUGGAGGAGGCCCACUGUGAAAGGACUGAGUUCCUCAGUACCUAUCCUGUGAACGUGGACGAGAUCAAUCUGAUCCCUGGAUCUCUUGGGAGAAUCCGGGCCCGGGAUCCCAAGUCAACCACCUACGACCCAAAAGUAGUUGUGGCGAAUCUUACAUGUAAAAUGCCAACCCAGCACUUUAAGCCUUACUUGAAACAACACCUCCCGAAACGGCUUCACUACGCCAACAACCGCAGAAUUGAGGAUGUCCACUUACUCAUGGAGAGAAAGUGGCACAUUGCCAAGAAAGUGCCUGAAAACAGGAGGCAUCCUGGGAGAUGUGGUUUCUUUGGUGACCACGGAUUUGACAAUAAGAUCACCAGUAUGCGGACAAUCUUUUUGGGCUACGGACCAAGCUUUAUGUUCCAGACAAAAGUGGCAGAAUUUGAAAGUAUUGAGUUGUACAAUGUCAUGUGCGACCUCCUGGGCUUGACCCCUGCCCCUAACAAUGGAACCCAUGGCAGUCUGAAUGACAUGCUGAAAGCCCCUCCUUUCACACCCACCAUGCCAGAGGAAGUGACUGCUCCCACCAGCUCUGACACAUCCUCUGCCACAACCUACGACCUGGGAUGUAGCUGUGACAAUGAGAACAAAGUAGAGGAGAACAAUCAGAGAUUCAGCCCAGCCGUAGAUGACGCCACACACCUCCCCUUCGGUCGACCAGCGGUUCUUUUCCAAACGACGUAUAGCCUCCUCCUCCACAGUGACUUCAUCAGUGGAUACAGCCAGGAGCUCUCCAUGCCCCUAUGGACAUCAUUCACAGUGCCCAAACAAGAAGAAGUCAUGCCCCUCCCUGAGCCUGAGCCAGUGAUUGAGUGUGUGAGAGCAGACAUGCGGGUCGCUCCUGAACACAGCCAGGCCUGCACCACCUACAGCCAGGACACCGAUGGCUCCUAUGGCUUCCUCUAUCCACCAGAGCUGGCCAUGUCUUCUGAAUCAAAAUAUGAUGCAUCACUGAUCACGAACACUGUUCCCAUGUACCCUGCGUUCAAAAAAGUAUGGAGCUACCUCCAGGGGACUCUUCUCAAGCGCUAUGCAGAGGAGAAUAACGGCAUAAACGUGGUCACCGGUCCCAUCUUUGACAACAACUACGAUGGCCACCGCGACACCACUGUGAAAAUCAAAGAGUACGCCGGAGUCUCGGCUCCGGUCCCCACCCACUACUACGUAGUGAUCACCAACUGUCAGGAUGUCAACAAGACGGCCGAGGCGUGUGACGGCCCCCUCAAUGUCUUCUCCUUCCUCUUACCCCACCGCUCAGAUAAUGAUGAGAGCUGCAAGAGCUCAGACGACGAGUCGCAGUGGGUGGAGGAGCUGCUGAAGUUGCACACAGCGCGGGUCAGAGAUGUGGAGAUCCUCACAGGGCUGGACAUGUACCGCUCCACCACCCUGAACUACACCCAGACCCUCUCCCUCAAGACCUUCCUGCACACCUUUGAGAGUGACACCUAAAACAGACACACACAGACUCACUCUUACUGUAUCUCUGUAUUGUUUUCACUCUCUUCUCAAUCUUGUUACUGUGUUUCACUUCCCCUCUCUGUCCUACUGGGCACAGACGCCAAUUCAACGUCUACUCCACAUUGGUGCAACGUAAUUUCAUUGAAAUGAUGUGGAAACAAUGUUGAUUCAACCAGCGUGUGCCCAGUGGGGUCUCUCUCUCUCCCCAGUACAUCUCUGAUCUUUAGGUGUAUAUUUGUAUACAAUUUGUCAUAUUUAUUAGGUAGAAGAUAAUAAUGCUACCACUUAUAGUCACACUAAUUCAGAGAGCUCUUGUGUAGAAGUGGAAUUAGACUUUUGUUGUGUGUGGUUUGAGAGAAAGUGUUGUGUCGUGAAUGGAGUGUUUGUUUGGGGAAGUGGAGUAAUGGGUUGGAUUAGGUAAUGGGCCCUUUUGGUUGCAGGAAGAUGAUGUCAUAUCUCUUAAUGCCGCACAGUGAUGAUGUACUAUAGCCU